AUGGAGAUUGCUAAAGAAAAUCGCGAGCAAGACGAACAAUUGGUCAAUGCAACACGAGAAAAAGAUCUCGAGAUAGCAAACUUUAUACGCGAACACGAACUUGAAUUAGCGGCCUUAGCCCAAACAAAAGACUGGGAUCUGAGAACCGCGAUGAGGACCGCGCACGGCAACAAAACAUUCAUCACAUUAAGAUCCAUUGACAGCGACAGACGAAGUUAUCUAUGUAUAUUUCUGUAUGAGAAUGGAUUAUUGUCAACUUUCGGCAAAAGAGAUAUAUUAUCAGGUGCUGACUUGCGAAACAUCAUAAUCGAAAGUCCUGUGACGGGUGCAUAUGAAUUCCAUUCCUUGGCUAUACAAUUAGUUAAUUUGUGGAAUAUAACAUUUACGUGGUGUGUGUUCAAAGGAGUCACGAAUUUCAAUGGGUCGAUUCUGAACGAUAUGAAAUUCGAUCGUGUCACAUUUGAAUAUCAACUUUUCAUCCAUGGAGCUAAAUUAACGAGUGUAAUUUUGACGGAAUCGAUUUCCGAAACGCUACAAUGGACAACGCCAGAUUUAUUCGCCCAACGUUUACAAAUGUUACUUUGA